UGCUGCAGACAUUUUUUGGUACCCUAGCCCAGACCUGUGCCUCAACACAGUUCUGUCUUGCAGCUCUAUGGACAAUUCUUUCGACCUCAUGGCUUGAUUUUUCCUCUUUUUCCACUGUCAACUCUGGGACCUUAUAUAGACAGGUGUGUGACCUUCCAAAUCAUUGAAUAUAUCACAGAUGGACUCCAAUCAAGUUGUAGAAAAAUAGGUAGGUAGGGCAAAGAUACAGGACGGUAGGCAGGCUCAGGGUUGGGGCAGGCAGGCAGGCAGGCAGGAGUGACAAAAACUGGGAAACAAGAAAACAGGGACAAGGAGACAAUCACAAAGACAGGUGAAACAGGUGACAGUCCGCUUGUCAACGAUACUUAGAGGUGGUCUUGAGAAAGGCCGACCCGGCUCUCUUCCAGGUACGACUACAACGGUGGACAAACAUCUGGACCGAAGGUAUGCCGACCUCUUCCUCUUGCUUGUAGAAUAAUGGGGGCUGGGAGAACACUCAAAGGGCGAGAGACCAGUGGCAGAGUAAGGAAGGUAGUUGCGGGUGUACUCGACCCACACCAGUUUCUGACUCCAUGUGGUGGGGUUGGCAGAGACUAGGCAGCGAAGGGUCAUCUCCAAGUCUUGGUUGGCUCGCUCCGACUGGCCAGUGGACUGGGGGUGGAUCCCGGAGGACAGUCAGACCGAUGACCCAAUGAGCAUGCAAAAAGCCUUCCAGGACUGGGUUGAGAACUGAGGACCCUGGUCGGAGACCAUGUCCACCGGGAGUCCACGGAUCCGGAAGACGUGCUGCACCAUAAGCUGGGCCGUCUCCUUGGCCGAGGGUAGAUUGGGUAGAGGAAUGUAUUGGAAAACCGGUUGACCACAGUCAGGAUGGCAGUGUUUCCCUCAGACGGGUGGAGACCCGAGACUAAAUCUAGGGAUAUAUGGGACUAGGGACGGUGAGGGACAAGCAGUGGUUGAAAAAGACCAGCCGGAGGUUGCCGGGGAGUCUUGUUCUGUGCACAGACCGUGCAGGCGGCAACAAAUGCGGCAAAAUCCGGAACCAUUUUAGGUCACCAAAAGCGUUGUCGCACGAAGACCAGGGUCCGCUGGGAGCCUGAGGGGCAGGCAAACCUGGAGGAAUGGGCCCACUCCAGGACCACGGAGCGGACAGAGUCAGGCAAAAACAUCUGGUUAUCUGGGCCCCCUCCAGGGUUCAGCUGGGACCGCUGCGCCUUCCAGAACCUGUUUCCCAAUACCCCAGCUGAGUGCCGUCUCCAGGCACAAGGUGGGAAGGAUGGUCUCGGGCUAUGGGGUAGUAACAGUGGACCUAUAACAGCGAUUGAUGUGGAUUGAGGUGCUGGGCGGGGCGGAGAUAAUCCAGGCUUUUGUGGUAGGUCCACACAAUGAACGGAUGUUCCGCCACUUCCAGCCAGUGCCUCCAUUCCUCUAAUGCCAUCUUCACAGUCCCGAUUCCUCACAUCGUAGUUCCUCGCUGUGGAGUUGAGACGGUGGGAGAAGAAGGCACAAGGAUGCAGCUUAAGGUCCAGGGCAGAAUGUUGGGACAGAACAGCCCCCACUCUGACAUCCGAAGCAUCGGCCUCCACCAUGAACUGAUGGGAAGGGUCAGGAUGAACCAAGAUAGGACCAGUGGUGAAGCGGUGUUUGAGGUCCCGGAACAUCCGGUCAGGGGCAGAGGACCACGUGAACGAACCUUGGUAGAGGUGAGUGCAGACAGGGGGGAAACCAGGGUGCUGUAACCCCAGAUAAAGCGACAAUAAAAGUAAGCAAACCCCGGGAAACGUUGCAGCUGCACCCUGGACGUAGGCUGGAGCCAAUCCACCACUGCUCUCACCUUCCCUGGACACUCCCAGCAGACAUGAAGAAACCCAGAAUGUGGAUGGUGGAGAGAUGGAACUCGCACUUCUCUGCCUUCACAAACAGCUGAUUCUCCAGAAGGUGGUGAAGAACCUGUCGUACGUGGAGCACGGGGUCUUGGGGGGAGCAGGAGAAGAAGAGGAUGUCAUCAUAUAGAUUAAGAAGAACUGUUUCAACAUGACGCAGAGAACACCAUUUACCAGAGCCUGGAACACAGCAGGGGCAUUGGUGAGACCAAAAUGCAUGAACAGAUACUUGUAGUGGCUGCUGACCAUGUUGAAGGCGGUCUUCCAUUUGUCACCCUCUCGUAUCAGCACCAGGUCGUAGGCGUUCCGUAGAUCCAGCUUGGAAAAAUCAGUGGCCCCCUGGAGCGGCUCGAAGGCCGAGGAAAUGAGUGGUAGCAGGUAACGGUUCUUCACAGUAACGUCAUUUAGUCCCCGGAAGUCUGCACGGGCGCAGGGUCUUGUCCUUUUUCUCCAAGAAGUAGAACCCGGCGCCGGCAGGAGAGGAAGAGGGAUGGAUAAAUCCUGUGGCUAGGGAGUCCCCAAUGUAGGUCUCCAUAGCCUUGGUCUCCGGGCCCGACAGAGAGUACAGACAUCCCCGGGGCGGCGUGGUGCUAGGGAGAAGGUCAGUCCUGCAGUCAGAGUGUCGGUGUGGCGGAAGCAAAGUGGCCCGGGCUUUGCUCAACACCUGGAGGUCCUGGUACUCCGCGGGAAUGGUGAGAGGUCCGGGACAACUUCCCAGCCCCCAGGAAGGCGUCCCGGGGCAGGUUGCGCUGACUUCAGACAAUGGACAUGGCAGAACGGACUCCAGCCCAUGAUAGCGGCAGUAGACCAGUUGAUGAGGGGAUUGCGUCGCUGGAGCAAGGAGAAUCCCAAAUCCGUGGGAAUCUGAGGAGACUUGAUGAGCAGAAAUGGAAUAGUCUCGCUAUGAUUCCCUGACACCCAUAGAUUGAUGGGAGUGGUAAUAUGAGUGAUCCGGCCUAUAGAGCGCCCGUCCAGUGCUCUAACAUCCAUGGGAAUGGAGAGGGGCUGAGUGGGGAUGUUCAAAUCGGAAGCCAGGGUAGCGUCCAAAAAGCUCUCGUCGGCUCGAGAGUCAAUGAGGACGCAAAGAGAUUUGGACUGGUUUCCCCACAGUAGAAUGGCAUGAAAAGGGGGUGCGAGUAAGGGAAGCAUAAAAGUUCUCCAUAUAGCCCACCAGAGUACUCGCUCGUACCGGUGGGCCGGGUCUUUUAAAAGACAAGAGGAUACAAAAUGACCAAGAGUCCUGCAACACAGACAACUCUUCGUGUUGAUCCUGUAUUGCCAUUUCGCUGGCGACAAUGCUCCAGCAAAAUAUCCAAAGCCCGGCCAUGGCAUUCAGCCAACAUUUGGACCCCCUCCAUAAGGUCAUGAAGCAAUUCCUCGUACCUCCCUAAGGUGGCUCCUUAGGAGAAGAUGGCGUUGAGAAGCUGGCCCGGGUCUGCUGGGUCAGUUGUGGCCAGUUUGUAAUAACACAUUUCAGGUAAGGCCCAGACGCAGACAACGUUGAAGUAACAACAGUGUAUUAAUCCAACAGGGGCAGGCAAGAGACAGGUCAAGGGCAGGCAGGGGUCAAUAUACAGAUAUGUAGAGCAAAGGUACAGGACGGAAGGUAGGCUCAGGGACAGGUCCGGCAGAGGUCAGUAAUCGAGAUAGGUGGGGCAAAGUUACAGGAUGAAAGGCAGGCUCAGUGCAGGCAGGAAUUCAAGGGGUCUGAAUGUACUGUAAACAUAAGAAAUGGUUUUCAGCUGAAGUGGUCCAUGUGAAAUGUUGCAACCUGUUUACAGGCUGCAAGAUGUGCAUUACAUAACAGCCCAACAUUUACUGAUUUAGAUGUCAAUAUAAGAUCAUCAUGUUAUAGUCCCAUCUGUUACGAUGACUGUGUUAUACUGCCACACAGCCUUAAAGAGAUGUGGAAAUGUCCAUUUCAUGUUUUAACUUAGCUGCUCCUGCUACAAGUAUUGUUCCUCCUACAUCUUCUGUUACUACCACUGUGGCUGGUACUACCACCGCAACAACUGGAGAACCUGUCACUGUUCCUGCUACCGUUCCUACAACUAGGCCCACAACUACAACCACCACCUAUGUGGCCCCCACAACUCCAGUGUCAAAGACAGCAUCACCACUGUCAACAACUACCAGCACAGCACCAACUACCACAACAACCAAUGCACCAACUACCACAACAACACAUACUACUACUACUAGUACAACAACAACAACUACAACUGCACAUCUUCAACCUGCUCCACUGGUGUCUUUCGUCAUACAACAAGUGUUUGUAGAAGCUUUAAAUGACCCUCAAAGUACACAAUUCCAAGAACUUGCAAUAACUAUUACUGCAGUGUUUGAUGUGAUCUACAAAGCAAAAUAUGGGAUCCUUUUCAUCCGGACGAUUGUUCUUGGAUUCACACCUAUUUUCCAUUCCCGUAUGGAUGCAGAAACACAGGCAGAGGUCCAACUGGUGUUCAAUGAGACCUCCACUCAAUCUGUCCCUGAGGUUACUGACAUUAGCAAUACACUGAAAGAAGCAGUUGCCAAUCCAAACAUUACCUUUGGCAACCUCUCUGUGGAUGUCACCACCAUCAUUGUUCAAGUGCCCACCACAAAUAACAACACAACUACAACGGCUACUCCUGUCAUCACUACUGCUAUCAUCACAACUACAACCACUGAAACUACGGUUGUGGCACUCACUAAGGUGACUGUGGUGUUCCGGUCCAGCGGAGAGACAUUUACCUCUGACCUGUCAAACCCAUCAUCUCAGGCCUUUCAAACCCGAGCAUUACUGAUUAAAACUCAGCUUGAACCUUUCUAUCGAUCAGCUUUCACCUCUUUCAACAGUUUGACUGUGACAGAAUUCAGCUCUGGAUCCAUCAUCAAUACUAUGAAUUUAGCAUUCAGAUCCUCCUCCGUCCCAAAUUCCAUGGAGAUUAGCACUGUUUUGAUAAAUGCCGCCCCAAAAAUCACAGCUUUCAACAUUGACCCCACCUCAGUGAGCGUCAACGGCACAGCUGUGACCUCAAGUGGAAUAAGCAGCAAGACCAGUCUCUGCACAGCAUUCUUUCUGGUGGUUCUGUCGCUGCUACUGUCAAGCCAGCAUUAGUCUCAGUGGCAAACGCCCACUAAAAACACUAUUUCACUCACUGGCAAGCAGCAGAACGAAAUAGUGUGUGUAGUCAUAUUUUCACUUUGAGAACUUCCCACACAUUCCAACCCCUACCCCAAUUCCACCCAUGAUUUGAAUAGUGUCCAAAAAUGAAAUCAAGUCUUGUAAGCUGACAUAAGAUACACUAUGUGUGGCAGUUGAACACAACGAUGUGAUAUAUUUACUGCCUAUUCUAUCAAAAUGUGUAAGUGUAUGGGUUUCCGUCAUAAGUCGAUGUUAUUUCCAUGCAAUGAAAAAUAAUGUUUGAUUUAAUAUGUACUUAAGGUUAUUUUUGAUUCGCUCUGUUGCUGAUAUGAACUAAAAACAUUUAAUCACGCUGUUGCUAUUAUGAACUAAAACGUUGAUUCACUCUGUUGCUGUUAUGAACUAAUGAGAGCAAUAUUUUAUUUUCUAUUUUGACUUAACCAGUGAAACCUGGAUAACUGAUUUAAAUAAGGCCCUUUUUGAGCAAAAAGUUAAUCAAUUUAAACUAUUGUCAAUGUAGUUUUCAUUCUGUUUUCUAUUCUUCGUCAUGUAAAAUUAUCUAUUAUACCAAUGAAUGUAAAUCUGUAGUCCUGAUAUUGUAAUAUAUGUCUUACUGUUGUUGAGAUUCAGACCAUUGUAGUGUUUACUAUUUGUUUACUAUUUGACUAAAUGAGUGGUUUGAAUGACAAGGUACAGUAUGGCUCCAAAUUGUGAUGUUUAUCUGACUAUCUGGCUUUAAAAAACUGGAACAACAAGACUACACUAGAUCAGCCCAACACAUCCACGUGGUACACAGUGAGAGAGUGUUGUGUCCCACUGGUCUGGACAGCAGUUAGUUUUGUUGGUGCAAUAUUCGCUCUCCCAGAAAUUGAGCUUUGAUUGGUUCUCACAUGCGAUAUAUUCGCAUGCAAAAUGCUCCCCGCUUCCUAAUCAAUUCGCCUCGCCCCAACUAGAGACAGACAAACAGGUAGCUAGUUUAAUGAUUCUUUCAAUUUGAAAAGGGGAUACCAGCGUAGCAUGCCACGUUGAAGUCGCAGGCCCUACAUUAUCAAUGCAACGUGCCGACAACAUCCAAGAGCCUUCCCAGACUCUGGAGAAGACAGACAUGUAUCUUUCGCCAGACUAACACUAGAUGCAAUUCCACAAAUAUCACUCAGAUUAACUGUAGAUGUAAAAGGUUUGAAGCGUACAAUAUCUCUGAAAAACUAAACUCAUCAAGUGUUAAGAUAGGAAACAUUUUGUAUUUUAUUUCCUUUAUUUCUUUCUUUUAUUUCCUCUAUCCAAAACAUAGAAAAUUAACAUAGAAUGCCCACGCUAGUCACACCCUGGCCUAACCAAAAUAGAGAAUAAAAACCUCUCUAUGGCCAGAGCGUGACACAUAUGUACAUACUGUAUUCUAUUCUAUUCUAUACUAUCUUAGUUUAUGUCGCUCUGACACAGCUCAUGAUAAUACUUAUAUAUUCUUAAUUCCAUUCCUUCACUUUAGAUUGUGUGCAUUGUUAGAUACAACUUCUUAGAUAUUACUGCACUGUUGGAGCUAGAAACACAAGCAUUUUGCUACAAAAUCGCAAUAACAUCUGCUAAACACGUGUAUGGGACAAAUAACAUUAGAUUUGAUUUGAAAUGCCUCACCCCCUCAUGCCUUAUUGCUUAAUCACGCAUCAGCAUAUAUUUUCAAAACAAAAACAAGUACUGUAUGUCACGUUCUGACCUUUAUUUCCUUUGUUUUGUCAUUAUUUAGUAUGGUCAGGGCGUGAGUUGGGGUGGGCAGUCUAUGUUUGUUUUUCUAUGAUUUGGGUAUUUCUAUGUUUCGGCCUAGUAUGGUUCUCAAUCAGAGGCAGGUGUCAUUAGUUGUCUCUGAUUGAGAAUCAUACUUAGGUAGCCUGGGUUUCACUGUGUGUUUGUGGGUGAUUGUUCCUGUCUCUGUGUUUGCACCAGAUAGGGCUGUUUUGGGUUUGCACAUUUUGUUGUGUUUGUGUUUAUCUUUUAAUUAAACAUGAAUCAGAAUAACCACGCUG